CCUGCGCCCCGGGACCAGGGACCCUUCGCCAGCGCCAGCGGGAGUCACAGCCUUGCCCAGCAGUGGGAUGCUGGUCGCGCCUACCUGCUCGGGUCAGCGAGUCCCUGGAGGGUGGGAGGGACGCUGCUGAACUCGAGCCGCCUGGCUUUGCAGCUGACAGAUUAUCCAGAGGUCCCUUGUGACUUGACUUAGAGAUGGAGGAAUUAGGAUCAUCUUCCUUUGUUGUCCCGGAGGAAUAGCUGCAGAGGCUGGAGAGACAGAACACCACCAAGACAGGCAUGGCUGAGCAGAGUCUCAUCUCGUCUGAGCAAUGGCUUCAGCUGCAUGGGCUUAAGAUCAAGAAGCUGACCUUGAAGCAGAUCUUGGCACAGAUUGGAUUCCCACAGUGUGAAGAUUAUGUGACUUCUUUGAAGAGACUCGUGGCUUCGCGGUAUGCCGAUGGCCUGUUUCCACAGUUCUACACAGCAGAGGAUGGGAGGCUCUACAACUUGACAGCGAAGUCAGAGCUGAUCUACUGGUUUGUGGAUUGUUUAACACAAGCUGUGGAGAGUUAUAAGCAGCGGAUGGACUGGCUUACCAGUGGGAGCCGGCAGAUUUUUGGUGUCAUCUUGGAACAGAGCAUCACCAUAGUACUGGAUUGCAGUGACAUUCUGAUGGAGGAACUUAAUCUGUGCCAGGAUGCUCUAGUAAUGAUCCUCCAGGAGCAGGUGGCUCUCCUCACCAAGUUCAACAUCAUAUGGGUUUCUGAAGAGCCAGUGAAAUGGCAGGAAUGUGCUGUCGUUGUGACUGAACACUCCAUAGCUGCUGCCAUCUGCUGGGUCAAGAAAAUGACUUUUCAGAUAAUGGCUGUGGGAGAGGCUAGCUGCCUGGAUGCUCUGCUGGAAGCUGGGAGAGAUGAAACUAUCGAAGCCAUUUACUACUUUGUGGUGGGGGAUGUUCCGGAGGAGUCCCAGGAGCUGCUUCUCCAGAGGAUUUUGGAGAUCCCAUAUCCAGUCUGCACAGUGUCCUUCAACGCCAAGGGAGAAGAAACCGUAGCUUUCUUAAAAAAGCUGAGCACCAAGACCCACAGCAGAUUCCACGCCUUUGCUGAGAGGACAGAGUGUCUAGAAUUCUCUGCAUUUUCCACAGAGGAUGUUGACAGUUCAAUGACUUGGAAUUCAAGGAAACUGAAAGGGAGACUCCCGCCAGGAGCUGGUGUCAGAGAGGAUGUGUUUCUCAUCUGGAGAGAAAUGGAAGAAGCCUGCAGCACACUGACUCAGGUCCGGAAACUGGUGGACAAGUCUCCUCAGUCGGAUGUGUCCCCAGCAUACUACAGAUCAACGUCUCUUGAGAGUAAGGAAAACAGAGAAGACACAUGGGAUUCUCAGAAGUGGCUCCAGAAAUAUGGCUUGAAGGCUCAGAAGCUGACCUUUUAUGAUGUCCUUGCUGACUGCUCCUUCCGCCAUGCUGAUGGAGUUGUUGAUAUAAAAGGCAAACCAGAAGAUGAGUCUGUGCAGACCAGUGCGGACACCAAUAGGAAGACAGUUCAUGCCAAAUACUGCAGCAGAUUCAUCCACGUCCCCUGGAAGGAUGGGACCUUGGUCCAUGUCAACAUUACCAAGGAGAAGUGCAAAUGGUACAGUGAGAGAGUUCACAUAGCCCUGGCCAGGAUCCAAAGGAGGAUUAAGUGGCUACAAGAUGGGAGUCAAGCCCUCUUUGGAAAAGUGAGUGGAGAUUGCAUCUAUGUCCUCAUUGACACGUCACACUCAAUGAAGAGCAAACUGGACCUGGUGAAGGAUAAGAUCAUUCGGCUCAUACAGGAACAGCUGAGAUACAAGAGCAAAUUCAAUUUUGUGACGUUUGACGGUCAGGCAAUUGCUUGGCGGGAAAAACUUGCUGAAAUCAAUGAAGAUAAUUUGGAACAGGCUGAGUCGUGGAUUAGAGACAUUAAGGUUGGAAGUUCCACAAAUACCCUGAACGCCCUGAAAAUUGCUUUUGCUGAUAAAGAAACACAAGCCAUCUACCUUUUGACAGACGGGAGACCUGAUCAGCCACCAGAAAUGGUGAUGGACCACGUCAGACUUUUCCAGACGAUUCCCAUCUAUGCCAUUUCCUUCAACUACAACGACGAGGCUGCUAACGAGUUCUUGAAGGAGCUUGCGUCUCUGACUGGAGGGGAGUUCCGUGCUUAUGAUUUUGGUUGCAAGGAUCCCGUCGUUCAGGAUGUUGAGGAUGUUCAGCAGGAUGAAGACAUGAGCCUUUUGGUUCAGGAAAUGCAGCAGGGCUACAGUGACCUGGAGAAGAUGCAGGAGCUUUACUCGGAGACCUUAGUCAUGGACUGGUGGUACAGCAGAGAAAAGCAAGGAGACAGCAAGCAUCAAAAGGAAAUCUCCUCCGUGGUUUCCAGCCCAGAAAAAUGUGCAAACUCUCCAUCGGAUGCUGACUCAAAGGCUGUGUCACCUCCAAAAGUGUUUAAAGGACCGCGGAAGGUUUUAGAUGGGAAGACACAGAAGAAGAAAGUCCUCCAUGCAGAAAGGAGCAUCCUGCUGAUGAAUAAGUGCCUACAUGACAAAUUGUCAGAGGGACUCACUGAAAACCGAAGCCAAGUUAAUGACCACCGAAGCCAAGUUAAUGACCACACCUCUGCAGACAUGUCCUCUGAAAAGUGGCUCCAAACCCAUGGCCUGGUGGCCAAGAAGCUCACCAUCAUGGAUGCCUUGACUGGGACCGUAGUGCCCCGAAACGCCACCUAUGUUCCCAUCCUGAAUAAGCAUGUUGUCUCCAAGGUCUUUAAUGAGGUGUCCCCUCUAGCACACAUGUGCAGUGACACCAAUAAGAUGGUAUUAAUUAACCCCCAGGGAGUCAAACUCAAUAUCUACAAGCAAAAUGUGGAGCAGGCCAUUAAAUCCUAUGAAAAACGCUUAAAUAAAAUUGUCUGGCGAGCUCUGUCUCAAGAGGAAAAAGAGAAGUUGGAUGCAAUCAAGCCCAUGCAAUACUUGGAACACAAGGCAGUUUUAAACAAAGCCCUGGAACGGCUGAAUUGGCCCAUUUCGUUGAAAGAGCUGUCGAUGCUGGAGAAUGAAAUCUUGGUUGGGAAAAUGUACAUCCAGCAAGCUAUGGAGCUCCAGGAGGCCGCCAGGAAGAACUGCGUGAGCAAGGCCUUGGAGGAGGAGCAGAAAUUACAAGGGUGUCCAACAAAGAGGGUCAGAUCAAGGAGAGUUGAUCCCCUGAGAGGUCAGAAGGUCAUCGCCAGAUGUGAGGAGAACGGCUUCUAUUUUCCAGGGGUUGUGAAGAAAUGUGUGAGCCCCACUCACGCGCUGGUAGACUUCAGGUAUGGAGAAACCACGAUUGUGCCCAUCUCCUUCAUCACACCCGUUGGGGGUGCCAUGCCCUGCCCACAACUUCAGGUUGGGGAUUAUGUGUUUGCCAAAAUCGUGACAAACAAAGGAUUUGACUUCUAUGUCCCCGCCAUCGUCAUAGCCCUUCCAGAUCAGAGUGUGCCUUCAGAAAAAUUCUAUACAGUGUUGAAGUGUAACAACCGCCGAGAGUUUUGCCCUCGGAGUGCACUUAUAAAGAUCAGCCAAAACAAGUAUGCUCUCUCUUGCUCCCAGAUAAAAGCAUCCCCAGUUGAGAAGGACCGAGCUGUGGGAGAAGCAGAGACAAGUAAAUCUUGCCCACUCUGGACAGUGACUGAAGAAGACUUUGGAAAUUUGAAACAGUCGAGGCAAGAGACCCUUAGAAAAAAGAAAAAGAAGCCCACCAAGAGAUCAUUUCUCCGGGAGAUGAUGUCCUCAGAUUCGGAUGGCUCUUCCCAUGGCACCAGGUCCCCAGAGUCUAACCCCAGUACCUUCCCUGUGCCCAGGGUGGGGGAUUGGGAGGCACCCUGAACCUACAUGACACUUGGAAACCUCUUUCAAGAAUAGUGUGUAUAUGUGAGAUCAUCCCCCGGUUUCCAGGCCAGCAUAGGUCCCAGCACAACAAAACCCCACCCCCACCCCCACCUCCCCCGUCAUGCUGACAUCCACUUUCCCAGAGAAGGCUCUCCACUAGAGGCCUAGGACACUGCCACCCUCGCCUUCGCUGCUACACCGCCACCAGGAGCAGCCCUGCCCUGGCAGAUUCCAGCCACCCACAACGCAAGGGGCUGAAGACCCAUGGCUGAGGAGCCCUAGGACACGCAUCCUAGUGGCAGCUAACUUUAAGCAAGCCACGGUUCCUCUAGGGCUUCACAGAUCCCAGCCUCUGGACCCUGUGGAGCAAGCCUCUCUGCUGAGGUAAGGCUUGCCUUCCUUCCAUCCAGUGCCUGCCCUGUGGAUGAGAACCAGCUCCCCCUCCCCCAACCUACUGUUUGAGCUUAGGGAUUUUUUUUUUUUUCUGACCAUUCUGUAUCCUGCUCCCCCCACCCCCACCGCCACAAAUUGUUCUCGGUCUUUUGAUACGCUCUGCCUAUGUAACAGCACUAGCUUGACAAGCAACCGUCAGAAUGUCCUCAGGGUUUUUGGGGGGAGUCCGUGGAGUUAGGCCCCACACCUGCGACCUUGUUUUAAAUUGAUUCUUCCUUGUGAACUGAGAAUUCUGCCACACAACAUGAAGGCUGAAAUUAAGACCGGGUUGGUAGCUUGUCUGAGAUCUGGAAGACUGAGCCCUCUCUGUGUUACUGUAUUCUGAACACUUUUAUUGAGCCCUUCCUAAUUGGUUCUGUCUGUAGUCUGUUGUAGGUACCUCUAAUUGAGUGCCGAGCCUGAAUAAAACCUCUUACAUUGGGA